AUGCCGUAUCAAGAACCCCCGGAGCAGGUGCUGACUACCACCAAACUGAGGAAGGACAAGUACUCGGCGGAUGGCAAGCAAGUGUGGAACCAGUACGAGCGCGGUGAACAGGUCGGCCGCGGCCAGCACGGCGUCGUCUACAAGGGUUGGGACCUUGCCAAUAACAGGCGCGAAGUCGCAAUCAAAGUUGUAAAGCGGAACAAUCCGCGUAACGAGAGGCUCAACAAGCUCAGGCGCCGCCGCCUGCCAUCGUCUCCCGGUCAUCUUCCUCUCAGCCACCAGCUUGCCAGCCAGGAGCAUAAGAUUAAGAAGGAGAUCGCGAUCAUGAAGAAAUGUCGACAUGCCCACGUCGUGCUGCUCUACGAGGUGAUCGACGACCCGCUCUUCAACAAAAUUUACAUGGUCAUGGAGUAUCUCGGCGGCGGAGAAGUCAAAUGGAGGAACAAAAACGAAGAGCCAGUUCUCCGCGUAGACCAGGCUAGGCGAAUAACUCGCGACGUUGUCCUCGGAUUAGAAUAUCUUCACUACCAGGGGAUAAUACACCGCGACAUCAAACCCGCCAACCUGAUGUGGACGCCCGAUCGGCGUACGGUCAAGAUCACUGAUUUCGGCGUGUCCCAUUUUUCCUACGCUCAGCGCCUCGCGGUCGCCGGCAAGAAUCCCGAGGCGGAAGAUCCCAUAUUGCUGGACGAGUCUGAUUUGAGCAAGACCGCAGGCACGCCGACCUUCAUGGCCCCAGAGGUGAUCCAGGAUCUCACCAGCGAGAGCUUCAUCUCAAGCAAUACGACUAGCCCGAGCCAGUCCCAGACAGGGAUAUCACUUCACGACACGAGCACCGUACAGCUUCCGGUGAAGGCUCGGGCGGCUAUCACCAAAGCUAUCGAUGUUUGGGCUCUUGGUGUGACUAUCUACUGCUUGCUUUUCGGGAAACCUCCAUUCCUAUCGCCGUUGGCGAACGAGUUCCAGCUAUAUAAUGUCAUCGCCAAGGAGGACUGGACGUUGCCUCCGACCAUGGGCGCUGACCAAAUACCCACUGGUAAACGCUUUCGGCCAUACAAACCACCGGUGGAGGGUCAACCUCCCCGAGAUCCUCCGAAAAUCAAAAUACCCAAUUCGGAGGGAGCAGUCGUCGUCAAUCUCCUGGAACGGUUGUUGGACAAGAACCCUGCAACAAGAAUGACUCUCGACGAACUCAAGGUAGUUCCAUUC